UAAACGUCUAUAAAUGAGAGGAGAAAGACUGGCGCUCGCACUUGGAGCUGAAUAUCUCCACCGAUCAGGAUGGAGCAAGGCUGCUGGAAACUCACCCUGGCUGUUCUGGUGCUGUUGGUCAGCACUCAUGCAGACGCUUUGUUUUCGCGUCACAUGAAGGACUUCAUUAAGGCGGUGCAGCAGGUGGAGGAUGAGAACCCUGAGUUGGAGGCGGUGGAGGUGCUGAGGAUGCUGCGCCGGGCCGGCGGCCUCAACGACGCCUUCGUUCAACACUUUCUUCCAGACGCUGACUCCAGCCAUCCUGAGCUGGACGCUGACCUCUCAGACUACCUUCGGAGGGCUGUGCAGCACCGAGUGCUGGAGGGAGCCAGAGAAGAGGGCGUGGUUCUGACUCCCGAUGGGAUGACGGUGGCUGUCGGCCCGCUCCUCCUGGGCAUCGAGGCUGGUUUCCUCUCCUCGACUCCCGGCCGCGUUCCAGGACUCUACCAGCUCACUCUGGCUCGUGAUCUGGGUGCUUCUAUCAGACGGCGCUCUGACAACUCGCAGCCUCUUGCAACGGAUGGCUGCUGGGACAACCUGACCUCCCCUCAGGUCUUCACCCUCUCAGACGCUGCGUCCACACUCACUACAGCUCAGGUCCACGGCGCCAUGGACGGAGUGAUUCUGGGAAAGGAGGUGUCUGCCAAACCUGGAGAGUCCAUGAAGCUCAGCAGCCUCCUGACAGACUACUACCUCCACCAGUUGGACGCCAGAGGAAUGGACGGCGCCCCUCGCCUCAUCAGCCGUCGCCGCAGGGAGCUCUUCAAAACCCUGGUGGCUCCUCCAGUGCUGGUCCGGCAGGUCGCCAAAUCCCUGGAGCUGCAGGAGAAGCUGGAGGGCCGCUUGAAGAUGGAGCUCCAGCAGAAGAGGAGGCUGAUGGCUGCGGUGAAGGAGAGCAUGAAGGAGUUCGUCCAUAUGUUCAUGGAGUGCCCCCCCAUCGUUGCCCGCUGCACGUGGGGUGCAGCCCCCUACAUAGGAACCCCCACCAUCCUGUCUCUGCCCCUGACCUACCUGUUCAUCCACCACACCGCCAGCCCCAGCCAGCCCUGCCUGACCUUUGAGCAGUGCUCUGCAGACAUGCGCUCCAUGCAGCGCUACCACCAGGAAUCCAACGGCUGGGAUGACAUUGGAUACAGCUUCGUCGCCGGCUCAGAUGGAAACAUCUACGAGGGCCGCGGGUGGAAGUGGCAGGGAGCCCACACUGGGGGCUACAACUCCAAAGGCUACGGCGUCUCCUUCAUCGGGGACUACUCCACCACUCUGCCCAGUCAGAACUCCAUGGCGCUGGUGAGGGAUCAGCUGGCCUCCUGCGCCGUGGGAGGCGGGCAACUGGUGUCGUCCUACAUCCUGAAGGGCCACAGACAGAUGGUGAGCACCAGCUGUCCCGGAAACACCUUCUACCAGGAGAUCACAACCUGGGGACACUAUCAGCCAUAAAGCCGACUCACUUCACCCUAAAGAAGAACCCAAACAAGAUGCUCAUCCAAUCAAAGAUGUGUCUUCUUCACAAUAAAAGCUUGCUCUUUCUCUCA